AUGGCGUCCCGUCCACAGCCACAGCCGGCUACCGCCGACCACGGACACAUCACGCGUCUCGAACCGCUUGAGAAUACAUACACGACAGACAGCAGUCUGCAGCGGGUGAUUUCCUGGUAUCUGCCGUCUUCGACUUUGCAGGAUAUUCAGCCCCAGCUUACCCAGUUGGGCGAGGAGGCUGUAUCGGACCAGGUCCGCGAAUGGAGCGCUGAUGCAGAGCGCGACCAGCCUUAUGUAAAGGGGUAUAAUGUGUGGGGGCAGAGGUAUGAUUAUGACAGGUUGGUGACGAGUGAGGGGUGGAAGCAGUUGGGGAAAUGGGGUGCUCGACAUGGUGUGGUUGCGUUGGGGUAUGAACCGACGUAUGGAGCGGAGAGAAGAUUGGUGCAACAUGCUGUGAAUUAUCUCUACUCUCCGUCGUCGGGGCUAUACUCUUGCCCGAUUGCAAUGACAGACGGCGCCGCCUUGAUUCUCUCGCAACAGCUGAAAUCACUUCCAGCAGACCACCACUUCCACAGCGUUUACCAGAAGCUCAUCGCGAGAGAAAACCACUGGACCUCAGGACAAUGGAUGACCGAACGAGCCGGCGGCAGCGACGUCCAGAACACAGAGACCUGGGCGACACACGCACCCGGUUCGGACCCCAACGACGGCGAGUACCUCGUCAGCGGGUUCAAGUUCUUCUCCUCCGCCACAGACGCCAACGUCGCCUUACUGCUGGCCAAAACCGCCUCUGGGAAACUCAGCACGUUUCUCGCGCCUCUGCGCAAAACAGUUAUCUCGCAGGACGGGAAGUCCCACGAAAUCAGCAACGGGGUGCGCAUCCACCGACUCAAAAACAAACUCGGCACCAAGGAACUCCCCACUGCGGAGCUGGAGCUGAAAGAUAUGCGCGCGCACCUAAUCGGACGCUUGGAUCGCGGCGUGUCGAUGAUUUCACCGCUGUUGAAUGUCACGCGCACGCAUACGUUUAUUGGCUCGUUGGCCGGAUGGCGACGGGCGAUCAGCAUUGCGAAGAAUUUUGCCAAGGCAAGGACGACGGUCGGGGAGCCGCUUUGGCUGGUGCCCAUGCAUCUGAAUCUCCUGGCCGAUAUGGAAGUGAGACACCGGGGCGCGAUGAACCUCGGAUUCUUCACGGUGGCGGUGAUGGGCGUGGUUGAGAAUAACGGCGUCUCGGGACAUGCUGCGCCGCAUUUGCCGGCCCCCGGGAAGGAGGCGGAGGUCGUAUUCCGCGCGCUCACGGCGACUGCGAAAGCGGUGGUGAGCAAGAAUGCCAUCGCGGGCAUCCAAGAGUGUCAGGAGGCUAUGGGAGGGGUUGGGUAUAUGGACGAGGCGGAUGAGCCGGAGUUUAACGUCUCGCGGAUCCUGCGCAACACGCUGGUGAAUUCGAUCUGGGAGGGGACGACGAAUGUCCUGGCUAGCGAGCUGGUGCGUCAUAUCCUGAAGAAUGACCAUGUAGUGGUGUUUUCGGCCUGGGUUGGGCGGGUGCUGGGCUUGAUUCAGAACGCAGAGCUCUCGAGGGUCUUGAAACGCGUGUGGUCGAGCUUUCUGACCCGGUUGUCGGCGACGGAGCAUGCGCGGUUGAUUCUUGCGGAUGGACGACGCGCGAUGUUUACUCUGGCCUGGGUUCUCUGCGGCGCACUGCUGGCUUUGGACGCUGAGCGAGACGGCGACGGUGUAGCAGGGGAGAUUGCGCGGAGGUGGAUUCUGGCAGGCGAAGGGGGAGUUGGGGAUAUGGCCUGGCGAGAUAUUAUCAAUCGCCCUGUGCAUGCCUCGGAGGCCAUUCUGACAGAUGAGCAUCUUCGUUGGGAUUGCAGGAUUGCUUGGGGAGUGGAGUUGCCUGCUCGGCAGGUAUCGGGUCAUCGGUCGUUCCAGAAACCUGCGAAGCUGUAG